AUGGCCUCUGCAGCCACCAUCGAACUCGCACAGACAGGCAAACGCGAUUUACUGAUUUCUCUGGAAAAGAGAUACCAGGAACGAUGGGUGGCGGAGCAUCUCUUUGAGGUCAGCGCACCGACGCCGGAGGAGACGGAAGGGUUGUCGCCUGCGGAAAUCAGAGAAAAGUUUCCGAAGUGGUUUGGUAACUUCCCGUAUCCAUACAUGAAUGGCUCUCUGCAUCUAGGACAUGCCUUCUCCAUCUCAAAAAUCGAGUUCGCAGCUGGCUUCCACCGCCUGUCGGGAAAGCGUGUCUUGUUUCCUCUCGGAUUCCAUUGCACAGGAAUGCCAAUCAAGGCAGCAUCAGACAAAAUUCAGCGGGAAAUCGAGAUGUUCGGAUCUGAUUUUAGCGGUUUUGUGGCAGAAGAUGUACCUGUUGCCAACACAUCUGCAGCGCCUGCCAAGGCAGUAGACAAAGCUAAGAAAGGAAAGGUUGCAGCUAAAGCGACUGGCCUGCAAUAUCAAUUCCAGAUCAUGGAGUCCAUGGGCAUACCUCGUGCGGAUAUCAGUAAAUUCGCAGAUCCUUACUACUGGUUGAAGUAUUUCCCCCCAAUUUGUGUGGCAGACAACAAUGCAUUCGGGUCGCGUAUUGACUGGCGCCGCUCGUUCAUUACAACAGAUGCCAACCCUUACUACGAUUCGUUUGUGCGAUGGCAGAUCAAUAGAUUGUACAGUCUAGGCAAGAUCAAAUUCGGAGAGCGGUACACUAUUUACAGCCCGAAGGACGGACAGCCAUGUAUGGACCAUGAUCGGUCGGAGGGAGAGGCACUCGGACCACAAGAGUAUACGGGUAUUAAGAUGCAUGUCGUCACCUGGAGUGACGCCGCUGCGAAGGCAAUCGAGGGUAAAGUCGGUGGGAGAAAAGUGUUCCUGGUCGCGGCCACCCUAAGGCCGGAAACAAUGUAUGGCCAGACAAACUGCUUCGUCGGCACUGCAAUAAAAUAUGGCGUGUUUGCAAUCAAUAAUGAUGAAGCAUUCGUGUGCACAUAUCGAGCCGCGCGGAAUAUGGCAUUCCAAGGGACUACCGAUGUGCGUGGACAAGUACAGCAGCUCCUGGAGAUAGACGGCUCUGUUCUUGUUGGCACAAAGAUCAGCGCACCCUUCUCAAUCAAUCCGGAGGUCUAUGUUUUGCCAAUGGACAACGUGCUUGCAACAAAGGGAACUGGAGUGGUUACGUCGGUCCCAUCCGAUUCUCCGGAUGAUUACCAGACCCUCAUGGAUCUGCGCAAGAAGGCUGAAUUUUACAAGAUCGACCCCUCAUGGGCAUCGUUCGACCCAGUGCCCGUGAUCACCUCCCCCACGUAUGGUGACAUGAUUGCACCUGCCAUUGUAAAAAAGCUGAAGAUCCAGUCGCAGAAGGAUAUCAAACAGCUCGCGGAAGCGAAGGAGAUUGCGUAUAAGGAAGGUUUCUAUUCCGGUACGAUGCUUGUCGGCGAGUUUGCAGGCCAAUCUGUACAAGAUGCCAAACCGAAGGUCCGCGAGAGCUUGAUUGAGAUGGGUCUCGCAUUCGCGUAUGCGGAGCCCGAAGGCCUCGUCAUCUCCCGAAGCUCCGAUGAGUGUGUGGUCGCACUAAUGGACCAAUGGUACCUGGAUUAUGGUGAGUCAGCAUGGAGGGCAGAAGCGGAAAAGGCAUUGGCUCGGUUGGAGACUUUCCACGCCGAGACCCGCAAUGGAUUCGAGGGCGUCCUUGCAUGGUUGAAUCAGUGGGCGUGUGCACGAAAUUACGGACUCGGAUCCAAACUUCCUUGGGAUCCAACGUUCUUGGUAGAAAGUUUGAGCGAUUCGACAAUUUACAUGUCAUAUUAUACAAUUGCGCACUUACUUCAAGGAAACAUCGAUGGUACUAAACCCGGACUGCUCAAUAUCACUCCGGAGCAGAUGACCGACGAUGUCUGGGAAUACCUGUAUCGAAAUGGUCCUUGGCCUGAGUCCGCAACGGUGCCAAAGGAAAAAAUCGACACUAUGAAAAGAGAGUAUGAAUACUUCUACCCCUUCGAUGUUCGCUCCUCCGGCAAGGAUUUGAUUCCUAAUCAUCUGACAUUCUGCCUGUACAACCAUACGGCGCUCUUCCCCGAGGACAAAUGGCCACUCGGUAUGCGAACUAAUGGCCAUUUGAUGGUGAACGGGCAGAAAAUGUCCAAGAGCAAGGGCAAUUCCAUGACAAUGCGCCAGUGCAUCGAGAAGUUCGGCGCUGAUGCCGCCCGCCUGUGUCUGGCAGACGCAGGUGACGGUAUUGAGGAUGCCAACUUUGAUGAGAUGACUGCCAACGCGAACAUCUUGCGAGUGCAUACUUUGAUAGCUUGGUGUGAGGAAAUGAUGCAAGGCGCAUCGAAUCUCCGCCGCGGUGACAAGAACUUCCAUGAUCGUACCUUUGAGGAAGAAGUUUUCAACUUGAUCAAUAUCACACAGAGACAUUACCAAGAUAUGCAAUAUAAAGACGCUUUAAAAUAUGGCUUUUACGAGCUUCAGACCGCUCGCGAUUGGUAUCGAGAGGUCACCGCAGAUGUUGGAAUGCACGCAGACUUGGUUCAGUGGUGGAUUCGCGUUGCGGUGCUACUCAUCAGCCCAAUUGCUCCUCACUUCUCUGAGCACGUCUGGACCACUGUCCUGCAGGAACCAAAGUCUGUGCAUCUUGCUCGCUGGCCAGAGUCGCGGCCUGUCGACCAGGCUGUCCUCGACGCGGGGGUGUACAUGCGUGGUACUAUCAAGACGAUGCGAGACGCAGAGCUUUCUCUGCUCAAGAAGAUGAACAAAGGGAAGCAAGGGCAGGUAUUGUAUGAUCCCACGAAGCCCCGUGCUGUGCGGAUAUAUGUAGCGACGGCUUUCCCCGCUUGGCAAGACCAAUGUGUACAGGCGGUAAAGGAUGCAUAUGUACCCGAAGCCGACAAAGUUGACGACGCGAAAGUUCGUGAGCUUUUGACCCAACGUGGGUUGAUCAAGGAUAAACGUGCCAUGCCUUUUGUGCAAGCGUUCAAGAAACGAAUGACACAAUUUGGCGCCCAGACCGCGUUCAACCGGACGUUGCCGUUCUCUGAGACACAGGUGCUUCGAGAAAUUCUGCCCUAUCUCAAGAAGACGUUGAAUUUGGUUGACGCCGAGGUUAUGAUGGUGGAUGUUGCAAAAAAUGAAACCACAGGGAACUUCAGCCUCAGCAUCAUUGAGAGUGCAGAGCCCGGUAAUCCUGCUUUCGAGUACCGCAAUGUUUGA